AUGAGCUUUAUAAAUACUGCUAAGAUGGUCUUUCGUAUCAUCAUCUGUUGUGUCUUGCUCUGCAUGUUUUCCCACUCAGCCUUCGUUGAAUGUGCAGGGUCUAUCAAAUAUUCUAGCACCGAAAUUUACAUCAAACGAGUUGAUGGAGGAAAUGUGGUAACAACCAUAGGUUCCAAUGUAACGCUGGAAUGGUCAUGUCGUGUUCGUGGGAAUCACUCAGUAGGUAUGCUGGCAUGGUCGCUUAAGUUACAUACAGUAACAGACAGGACGCGAAUUGCAUGGCUCUACUACAGACCUGAAAAGUUCUGGAUUGGUAUCACGAAAUCAAUCCAUUACGGCAGACGAGUUAGAUGGACAGGCGAAGCGAGCCAAGGGAAGAUAUCCUUUGUGAUUCAAGAUGUAAGAAUCUCAGAUGCCCAGUCGUAUAAACUUUCUUGGAAAGUUAUACUUCCCUCCAGAAAUGGAUCAAGACAAGUGGUGAUGACACAGUCGAAGUUAAUGGUAACUGUGGCAGCGAAGUCAACAUACAAACCUCUACCUUCGCAUGUUGAUAUGCAGCCGAAAACCACUGGUAUUAUAUUGUCGACAAGCUCGCAAACUGCUGCUACCUUGGAUGAAGCUAACACUGAGGCGGCCCUUUUGUCAACCAAAGCCAUGGCGGUGAGUCCAAAGCGGUCAGACAUGGGUGAUCUUCCUCGUUCCAAAAAACCAGACCAUUUUGCCGCCUUGUUGAUUUUUACGAUAACUUCAGCAAUUGUAAUUGUCGUCCUUUCGGUAAUCAUUUUUGGGUUCUGCUGGAAAAUGCGGAAAGGAAAAGAUAAAGAGGAGCAAGGCCUUAAUCAGAGGCAAAGAGAGGUUGAAUUGACACAUGUACCCAGACCAGCACAGAUACAGGGAGAAGUUGAGGAUGCUAGAGCUGAACAAGAUGAGCAAGUUGAUAUCUCCCCACCUACUUUGUUUCCACGAGCCCGUCGUUCGAGUCGGUGGGAGUUUCCAAAAACAAGACUGCAAAUUCGUGAGGUGUUUGGCCAGGGAGCAUUUGGACAGGUUGCUAAAGGACUCGCUUUGCAAAUUGCUGGGAAGGCUAACUGGACAGAAGUUGCAGUGAAGAUGCUUAAAGAGGAUGCUGAGGAGUCGGACAGGCGAGACCUGUUGUCAGAGCUGUCAAUUAUGAAGAAACUCCCCCAUCAUCGACAUGUCGUGACUCUUCUAGGCUGUGUCACCACAUCUGUUAAUCCUCUGGUGAUUGUGGAGUUCGCCUCCCAUGGCGAUUUGCUGGGCUAUCUUCUUAAAAGUCGAGGUCUUCCUGACACGUAUUAUAACACCUGUAAAAAACUGACCAGGGUCACCGCCAAGAAACUGAUGAUGUUUGCGUGGCAGAUUGCGAGUGGAAUGAACUUCCUGUGCGAAAAUAAGGUUGUUCAUCGUGACUUAGCUGCCCGCAAUGUUCUGGUUGCAGAUGGCAAUGUUUGCAAAAUCACAGAUUUUGGAAUGGCCAGAGAUGUGCAAGGAAGUAACAUUUACACCAUGAAAGCCGGGGGGCGGAUACCAGCCAAAUGGACAGCUUACGAGGCUCUCUCGUAUGGCAUAUACACCACCCAGAGUGAUGUGUGGAGUUAUGGAAUCGUCUUGUAUGAAAUUUUCACUUUAGGUGGUGAGCCAUAUCCGGGAAUUAAGGCACGUGACAUCGCGAACUUACUAGAGAAGGGAUUCAGAAUGCGACGCCCAAAGCAACUGGAUAAGGAACUAUUUUCAGUCAUGUUUUCUUGUUGGAACGAAGAUCCUAAAAAGCGACCAACAUUUGGGACUUUGCAGGAGGCCUUGGAGAAAAUUGAAAAGGAACAAACGGGUUAUCUGAAUCUUCAGUCUUUUGUUGACUUCUCUUAUGUAAAUAUUUGCGAAGCAAGAAAAGUGAAAGAAGAGUCUAUCAUUUAGAGGCUGUCAGAUGAAAUACCUCUGGAUGCGAUGGCUUGUUUGCAGAAUUUAUUGUCA